AUGAGUUCAGACGAUGUCGACGAGAAGAGAAAGUUAAAAGAAGAUUAUGAUAAUUCUGGUAAAGAAGUGGAGCUAGAUAUAAAUGAAGCAAUGGACGGUUCAACUUGUGGGUGGGGCACUUUACUCUACACAAUUGGAACAUUCUUCUUCUGUGCGCUGGAGGGUGCAGAGAUAGUCCUCCUCACAAUAAUAGGACCAAUACUGAGGUGCGAGUGGAACCUCUCCUCUGCUGCACUCUCGGGACUCCAGACCAGCACCAUCAUCACCAUGCUGAUCACUCCUCUUGUAACCUCCACAUUUGGGGACAGGUUCGGGAGAAAACGAAUCUCUCUGAUAGCAGCUGUUGGAGUUAUAACAGCAGGGACUUUAUGCGGAUUCGUGCAGAGCUACUGGCAGUUCAUAGUCCUGCGCUUGAUAACGGGAGUGUUUGUUGGUUUGGGCACUGGGCCAACUGUUGCUCUGAGUGGAGAGGUCACACCCACUAAAUUCCGCGCUCUCGGUUUCUCUGGACUCUCUUUACCCUGGGGUAUAGGAGCUUCAGUUACAGGAGGCAUUGCUUACUUAAUUCUCCAUGACUAUGGGUGGCGAGGUCUGGUUAUUUGCACUUCUCUUGCUUUCUCUCCUUGCAUCGUGUUUAUUGCAGUGAUCAGGGAGUCAGCUAGAUUCCAAUAUUACAGAGGUAACGUGAAUGAGGCAGAAACCACUAUUAAGAAGAUAUACAAGAUGAAUGGUAAGGGGGAUGUGGUGUUGAAACUAAAGAAGGUUCCACCAGGAAGACAAGAUAGCAUCAUUAACUGCUGCAUGGUCUUUAAGUUGCUCCAACAGACAGAGAACAUGUCCAACUCUGUGCUUAUCGUACUCUCAGGCAUGAUGCAGAUCUAA